AUGGAUACGCUGGAGGAGAAGCGAAAGAAAUUACAAGAGCUUCGAGAACGGCGAAGGCAAGGCCAGAGACCAAUUUCUGACAGCUCGCGGGAUGAUCUGGUCAACCAUUUGCUGAAUUCGAAUAAUAAUGAGAAUCUGCCUCAACCGCUGGAGAUGGUGAAUAUCGCGACUCAAACCGAAGAGACUGAAAAUUUGACGAAACUAGAGUCCACAAAUAACGAUUUUCCAACGCUUCUGACAUACGAAAGAGCAGUCCAGACCGAUCCAGUGGAGUUUAAAGAGCCUGACGAAGCAAACCAGGAAGCCAAUACGGAAACAAGCUUCCUUGAUGACACUGGAGAGGAUUCAUCAUUCUUAGAAGAGGGCCCGAUCUCACAAGUACGGAAUGUGGUACCUCAUGUUGUUGAAGACCAAUCGCUAACCGUGGGCGUCAAAUCAUUUUCGCUUUUGGAGGCCCUGGACAAGACUAAGGCUUCGUUGACAGAAAAAGAGAUUCAAAACGUUCAGCACUUUCGAAUUUCUCAUAUACUAGACCCGGACUCUGCAGUUCACGGUGAAAUGCGGUGCGUGUGGGUUGAUUACUACGCUGAACUAGCGCUGGUCGUAUUGCAAGAAACGCAGACAAGUCAAGAUCAAUCUUCAAACAGUAUAGUUUCCGUUUACAAACUCAGCACGGCAGAGCUAGUAGACACAGUUGUAUUUCGCGGCCAGGCGUUUUUACGGGGUCAAUUCAUUCGUAGGAAGCGAACCGCUGUUACAUCUGCACUUUUGACAUCUUAUAAUGGAAAGACCAUACUAUAUGAAAUACGAGCAGUACCGCAGUCGAAUGGGGCAUUGGGUAUCGAGAGAAAUCUCAUUGUGCGUAAUUUUCAUCACUAUCCUGUUUUUGCAGUGUGGCAACACCAUACGGUGGAUCCCCGAGUGCUUGUCGGAAGUACCGAUGGGACUGUCAGCGAAUUGGAUAUUCUACGAAUGGAACUGUAUCGGGAUCCGGCCUCCGCGCAGCAUACCUCACAUUUUAAGAUUCUCCCAGUGUCCCCGUCAUCACUUCUACUAUCGGAAGAGUUCGGUGCAGAGCUGCGGUCUGGCUUUCAACGUCAACUUGAUAAACAAUCUGCGUACGACGAGGUUGCCAUUACCUCUAUGAUCACAAUGCCGCAGGAUCCGACAGUAGUGUACGUUGGAUGCGAAGACGGUGGAAUCUAUAAAAUAAAUCAUUGCGAGCUCAAUUCUGACUCUACAGUGAUUGAUACGAACAACAACGGAUUUGUACCUAAGAUCAACACUGAAAACGAUGAGAUAUUUCACGCACUUCCAAUUACGGGACUAUAUAAUUGCGACAAUGCGCCAAAUCUAAUGCUGUCCUCGGCCAUGGAUUGGGAAUGCAAAGUUUGGGAUGUUGUCAACAACGAAAAGGUCGCUACCAUCGAGCUGGACUAUCCAGUGAUCAAUUGCGAAUGGGUGAGCUCCCAAGACGCUUACUUUAUUUUCAUACUCACGCCAACUGCCUUAUCAGUUUUUAAUCCAAUGGUGAUGCCGGACUAUUCACAAAAUGGCACAGUCUCCUGGAGGGCGAUCAAAAACCCCGUUGAAAUUUUUAGCAUUAGUGUAGAUCACUGUGAGAAUUUCAGCUACUUUACCAGCGUCAAGGUCUUCGAGGAAAAAGGCAAGUACUACGCGCUGCUGGGCGGCGACUCUAACAAGCUAGUGUGCAUGGAGGUGGAGGUACAAACUUAA